AUGGGAGUGUUAAAACUGGCGGUAAAGGACGUGAUGUGCCUCCAGGCGAACCCCUUGGAAGGGGCUUAUGAUGUGGUUUUUCACACGGAGGGGAAGCAUGAUGAGGUCAUGAAAAAGGCGAGGGAGGUGGAGAAGGCCAGGCCGAUGUGCCACUACGAUGUGACAAGCUUGGCCAAGAACAACUUCAGAGUAAUAACAGUAAACAUGUAUAACCCGCAUGUUAAGGAUGAGUAG